AUGGUACAUACUGAUACCUUUGAAGGAUCUUCCUUUGCUCUGGGAGCCACCGGCGUUGGGCUCGGCCUUGGCCUCGGGACCGCCAGCUACUUCGGCUCCAGCGACAACGACUCAAAGUCCACGUCGUCGACGUUGUCCCUAUCUAGUAUGCCAGAGGUUCGACAUGAUUUAUCACCAAAGAACAUAGCUGCAGCUUGCAACGAGUUUUGCAAAAUCGUCGGGGCGGACAAUGUGUCCACAGCCACCGAAGAUCUUUUGAGUCACUCGGGCAGCGACUAUCAGUCGUACGCCUGGACAGAAGCGACGGCGACGCCAGGCCAAGUCAUCGUGUACCCUGCCUCGACUAACGAGGUUUCUGAGGUUGUCAAAGUGUGCCAUCGAAGGAGACUGCCGGCCACGGCUUAUUCUGGUGGGACAUCGAUCGAGGGCCAGUAUAUUCCUCAUCUGGGCGGUGUGUGCGUGGACUUCACUCGCAUGGACCAAAUCAUUCAGGUCAACCCUGUCGACUUGGACUGCACAGUCCAGCCAGGAAUAGGUUGGAUGGAUCUUAACAACGAGCUCGCCGAGCACAAUCUCUUUUUUCCGCCUGACCCAGGUCCAGGUGCCAUGAUUGGAGGUAUGAUCGGGACCGGUUGUAGCGGAACAAAUGCCGCCGCCUACGGGACGAUGAAAGACUGGGUUCUUUCACUCACCGUUGUAUUGGCUGACGGUACCGUUGUCAAGACAAGACAAAGGCCCAGAAAGUCGAGCGCUGGUUAUGAUCUGACAAGGACCUUUAUCGGCAGUGAAGGCACCCUUGGAUUGGUCACGGAGGCGACUCUCAAGCUGGCCGUGAGACCUACUUGCGAGGCUGUGGCCGUGUGCACUUUCCCCACGGUGCGGGCUGCUGCUAGCGCCGUGCAGGCGGUAGUCUCGAGGGGAAUACAAGUUGCUGCGGUGGAAAUUCUCGAUGAGGUUCAGAUGAGAAGCAUCAACCAGGCUGCCCUCACCAAGCGUCGUUGGGACGAGGUUCCAUCCCUCUUCUUCAAGUUCGCUGGCAGCACCGAAGUGGUGGUUAAGGAUACCGCGGAUCUUGUGGGAAAGAUCUCAAGGCAGCAUGGCUCAACUUCAUACGACUUUGCUGCCGAUGCUGACGAGCGCGAGGAAUUGUGGUCUGCCCGGAAGAAUGCUCUGUGGAGUAUGAUAAUGCUAAGGCAGUCUCCAACGGAUAAAGUCUGGACCACAGACGUCGCGGUUCCCCUAAGCAGACUUCCCGAUAUCAUCGAGCAAACGAAAGCUGACAUUGAGCGGUCGGGUUUGCUUGGGUCGAUCGUCGGGCAUGUAGGUGACGGCAACUUCCACUCACUUCUGCUUUUCCCAGAAGAGAAGCGGCAUAUUGCAGAGGAAGUCGUGCACAGGAUGGUUGAAAAGGCGAUCGAAAUGGAAGGCACGGCCACUGGCGAGCAUGGCGUGGGCUUGGUUAAGCGAGAUUAUCUCCCCAAAGAACUGGGCCAGACAGCGGUCGAUACCAUGCGCAAGAUGAAAAGCUCAUUUGAUCCUUUGUGUAUCUUGAACUGCGACAAAAUCGUUCGUAUGAAGGCCAAACCAGAACAGCAUUGA